ACCGACACUCCCCACACCUCGCCACUCACACGUCUUGGUGACACCAGAAAGCUACACGCAUCUUGCACACAGCAGGGAGCAGCGCACGUCAAGUUACGACUACUGUUACCAGUAGCUCCAGGGAACUACACGCGUCUUGCAUACUCCAGAGAGAUACACACGUCUCGUAUACCCCAGGAAGCUAUAAAAGUUCAUCAUACUCCAAAGAGCUGCACACGUCUUGCUACGACAGUGAGCUAAACACGUCACGUAUACGACAGGGAGCCACAUACAUUUCAGAGUUCCUAAAGAGCUACACAAGUCUCCAAUACGUCUGAUAUUCUUGGAAUUGCUUUCGCUGGUCAUCUGCUGGAAUUAUACGAGGCAACAUUAUCCCAGGUGUGCAAGAAACUUGCUAGACAGACACCAGCACAACACCUGAUACCGAGAUGGGGAAUGCGGAACAUUGGAGGUGCCAGGUGGCCAUAUACAGCCUCCUGGCGGUGUUAAUCAUCAAGGCUAUGGUCGUGAGCACAUUGUUAUGCCUCUACUGGAAGAAAUGCAAGCGAAUCAUCAACAGGAAAGGAAAGAUUCCGGAGAACAGCAAGGAACCUGAUUACUUGGAACCGAUCAAGAGGCCGAAUAAUGGCCUGCAGAAAAAUAAAGGUAUUGUAAAGGACCCAGACGACAACGAAGAACACAACUACGAGGAAGUAGGCAAAUUCCCUGCACCAUCGGAUCAGAAGCAGAAUUACGACGAUGUAAAUGGUUCAAAUGUCAAUGAAGAGCACAAGUACGAGGAGAUCGACAAGUUCCAAAUAUCGAAGAAUAAGGAAGAUCACUGUUACACCAAUAUAAAGGGUUCAAAAGAUACUGAAGAGCACAAAUAUGAAGAAAUGGACAAGUUCCACUUGCCAAAGAAUAACCAACAAAAGCUCUACGACGAUAUAAAAGAUUCAAAAGACAGCGACGAGCCCAAGUAUGAAGAAGUCGAUAAGCUAUAUCUGCUCUAGAAUAAUUAGCAAAGAACUCUAACAGAAAGAAACUUAAAUGACGAUAAACACAUGUGCGAGGACGUCGACACGUUCCUUCUCACCAAUGGAUCACAUCCCAUGUUUGAGUCCUCCUAUAACCUUGUGUGUGUUAAUUGUUCGCCAUCGGGAAUUUUAGUUAAUAUGUGAUACGUACAGGGGAGGGAAUAGUACUGGCUUACUGAAAUACAUGAAGGUAAAGUUAGAUCGAAUUGCAGUUAGCCUCCAUCUGACUCCAUUAACAAGUUAAUUACAAAUAUCCAGAGAGAAAACAUUAUGAUGACCUAUAUUGAAAAAUAAUCAAUGGAAAAGCAGAACGAUUUUCAUCAUCAGAACAAAGAGAAUGAAAACAAUCGACCACUACACAUUGCUAAAUGUCUAAGUAAAAUUACAACAAUUAAUUUUUGUUAUAAUUAAGCAUGUGACACAAACAAUAACCUGACAAAAUGCGUUUUGAAUGAAAAAAAAAUUAAUUGUGAUCAUAUUCAAAGACCUAGCAAUCUUUGGAUGGUUAUCAUGACUACAUUAUCUUACUGACAAACUACCAGGUAUAAUUUAGUCCUAAACAUAGUUCAAGACUAAAUUUGUGUUGUAACCUAAGGAUGAAUUAUAAUAAUUUUUUGUGUUAACAAGUGCACAUUAUUGUGUUUGUAAAUGCACAUUAUUGACACCAUAUAAAAAGACACAUCGAACACUGUUUAUGUAGGACAUACGUAAAUUUGUGUAUAUAUGUAUGUAGGUUAGAUUAUCAUUUUAAAAGCACUACAAACACUUUCUGUGGUUGAUUAUUAAAUAAAUCACUGAACUAUAUUUUUAACAGAUCUCUAACCCUCUCGAUGGAGGACAGAAGAAAAUUUAUAUAUGCAGAUUAUCAUUGUAAAUGUGUGCCCACGUCUAUGGUAGAAAAUACUAUACAAAAAAAAUGACAACGGGCUAGAUAGUGAAGGGGAGGAAAGAACCAAUGAAUGGCAAAUGGAGGAUUGCGUCGCACAAAAACAUUUAAGGUAUGAGGGUGGUAAUUUGGGAACGAAAUGAGAAAUGAUAGCGAUUUUAAGUUAAUACUUUAAAUAGACGAGUGUGGGAGUCAUAGGAUAUGCACAAAGUUUCUGGUCAGAAUAAUUUUUUUCUGGUCCUUUCUUAUUCAGUUUAUUAAGUUACGUCAUUGAUUUUACUAUUGAUUUUACGUACAUCCAAAGUGAAAGUGCCGCUUGGUGAAUAAGUUGCCUUAAAAAAAUCGGCAUCCUGGUUAUGAGGUUGAAUAAGUCAGCCUUAUGACGGCUGAUAUAUUCAUAAAAGUCAUUAUAACGAUCUUUUUUAUUGGAGUUUAGGUUAUUGCUGGAUGCACGUGAAUCGAAAGACACUGUAUACAUUGGCCUAAUUUCUCAUAAAAGUUCAUAAUAGCUUUGAAGCAGCGAUUCUUAGCGAUAGCCAUUAGUAGGUAAAAAUUAGGAAAACUGAGCUAUUUCAUUGUAUUAGAUUAAGAUGAAGAUAGAAGUCUAAUAAUAGGGAAGCAAUGUGGCAGAUCAAAUUAUACUUUGCAGGACGCAGGAUCAUUAUCGCAAUUCGUGAAAUCUUGGCCCUGGGCACAGAGAUUGGCAGUACAAAUAUUGCUACUUCAUUUGUCCAAUGAAUUUCCAGAAAACUCGUACUCUACAAAGCUUUAAAAGAAAAAGAAAAAAAUCCUGGAUCUCUUUCCAGAAUACCGCCUAAGUUGUCGCCUUCCUGGAGCUCCGGAAUAAAUAGUUAAAUUUUAAAGAAAAGUAUUCCUAUGUAUUAUAUUUCAUAUGCAUAGAUUUUAUAGGAAGGAUACUUUAUGUUUGAUAAUGAUGUUAGCGAAGUAUCGUACAGAUCUUUGAAGGAAAAUAAUAAUUUUAAAUGAAAUAAAUAUUUAAUAAAAACCAGGCUCGAUCCCAUCAUAUUACUUCGUAUCUCAACUUUCUUUGAUAUAUUUGUACAUAUACAAGAUAAAAUUCCUUUUUCUUAUGCAUAUUGAUAA